AUGGACGCAAAGGCUUACUGUGCCGGUUGUCAUCAAGCACCCAACAUCGAUGGUACUCCUCAGAUUAGUGUUGGCUACUGCAGUAGAGAGUGCCAGAAGGCUCAUUGGCCCGCCCAUCGCGGUGUGUGCAAGAACUUGCAGGCAAGAAAGGCGCUGUUCAGGGCUGCUUGGCUGCUACAGAAGAUCUGGUACACUGUGCGCAGAGAGUCCUUUGACAACUGUGUGGUCAAGGCCGAGGAAGUCGACGGAGAGCUGUUGAUUCAUGAGGGCAACUACGAUCUCGAGCCGACCAAGAGAGAAUAUGGAUUCUAUCGUGAAUUUCCAGACGCCAUCUUCAAGAACAAGCAGGAUGCAGAGACCUGUCUCAAUCUGCUGUACUGCACCGACUCACUGAGCCACAUGUACGUGGUGAACCACUGGCUACUCAAAAGUAAGACAUUUUGGAGGAUGCCAUUUCAUGAUAACAAUGCUAAUUUCACUUCGCACCAGGCANUCUGCAUGGACGUCAAGGAGAUCAAAGUGAAAGUCGACAAGCCUAUCCGCAAAGCCCGUUACGUUGGUUAUGAAUGGGACCAAGACUUCCUUCAUGAGAUUCUUCAGGUACGGCUUGCCUCGGGAGAGCUUUACGCUAUUGACUUCACUGGAGCACAAUACGGUUGGUACAAGCCCAUCACGGAGUGGGCCACAUACAGCGCAAGCUGCACGGAGAUCACUCGCAUUACACCAUAUGGCAUCGACGACAAGCGCCCACUUGGUUCUAGGGCUCGAUCAAUGCUGAUGUCGACAUUCUCGGAGCCUUGGGACAACCGUACCGACUUGCAACGUGCAAUCCCAAUGUUCAACGAAUGCCUUAAACGCGAAUUUAACAAGGUGUUCGUUCAGCAAGUCGUGGGCAAGCACCCUCGUGGUUUGGACGUCCUCAAGCUGGCAGCUCCAGCAUUCGAGGCUCAGGAGAUGGACAUACUCUCCAAGACAAAGCAGAUCAUCAGCGCUGCGGCCGAGAAGGUCGACGCUCUUCAGCCAGUCAUCGUGAGUGAAGCACGCAUGAGCAACGAGCAGAUGCGCAAGACACUGCAACCGGACAUUGGCGCGAUACUGAAGCGUAGCAUUACUAAUUUAUCUGCUCUUUUCAAUGGCCAAUGGGCAAAAGAUGGUUUGACCGGUCACUUGACUUCGGUCUCGCUGAAGAAAUAUAUGGAAGACGAAGACUACGCCGAGAAAUACUUGGACGGAGUCUUGCCCGAGCAGAAACUUUGGGGAGACUUAACUUACGACUAUGGCAUGAGAUGUCUGUGA